AUGUCUACACGUGGACACUUGCUGCUUUUGCUUGCGAACGCCGUUGGCACCCUUGCAGGCCCCGUUGCCGCUCGGGGUCCUUCUGCAUCCAGCAUCUCUAUUGCACCAGCCGCCACCACUGUCUCGACAGAUUCACCUGCUGGCGUAGAUCUGUUCGACGCUGAGACAAUUCAGUUGACAGACGCGGUCUUGGAGAAGGUCAACGCUCAAACGAACGAUACGGAUAUUCUCGCGCUCUUCGGCUUCGAAAACAGCACCGACACGACAGCGGCGGCAAGGCUGGCUCGACGAAGUGGUGCAUGCAAGGCGUUCCCAGGAGAUAGGAACUACCCUGUCCCAGCUGUAUGGUCAAUUUUCGACCUCUUGCUAGGAGGAGCCCUCAUCAAGACAAUUCCUGUGGCUGCUCCUUGCUAUAAAAGUUCUGGCGUAUACGAUGCAGCCAAAUGUGCAGAUAUCUCGGCGAGGUUCACCACCGCCGAUCUCCAUACGAGCGACCCAACCUCCAUGAUGUGGCCUAUAUUUCAGGGCCGUACGUGUAUGCCUACCGAUGAUCCCAACGGUACUUGCACGCUGGGUGGUUAUGCUUCUUACUCCAUCAAGGUCAAGAAUGUUGCUCAAAUCCAGUUGGGUAUCAACUUCGCUCGUAACCUGAACCUGCGUCUGACCAUCAAAAAUACCGGCCAUGACUACAUUGGAAAGUCGAGUGGUGCGGGUGCACUUAGCAUCUGGACCCAUAACCUCAAAGACAUCGAGUUCUUCGAGAACUACAGCAACGCCGAAUAUAACGGCCCUGCCUUCAAGGCUGGCGCAGGUGUGCAGGGUUUCGAGAUGCUCGAGGCUGCUCGCGAUCACGGGGUUACUAUCCUUGCGGGUAUCUGUGAGACUGUUGGUUGGGCUGGCGGAUAUUUGGCAGGUGGUGGCCAUAGUCCUCUCGCUUCGAUUUACGGUAUGGCUGCCGAUCAGGUUCUCGCCUACGAGGUGGUCACCGCUGAUGGUCGCUUCCUAACUGCCUCGAACACUGUCAACUCCGAUCUCUUCUGGGCUCUCCGUGGUGGAGGUGGCGGCACCUUUGGUGUUGUAACUUCGGUCAUAGUGAAGGCUCAUCCCAAGAUCCACGUCACCAAAUCCGUAUUUUCCUUCCAAGCUACUCCCGACAACUCUGAGAACUUCUGGAAGGGUGUCAACGCGUACUUCAAGAGAUUUCCCACUUUUACCAACGCUGGAACGUACUCGUACUUUUGGAUCUGGAACUAUGGCACUUCGCUCGACUUCCAGAUGACUCCCUUUUUCGCGCCGAACCACACCAUCGAAUCCUUCAACAACCUUACCAAGCCCUUCUUCGAUGAGCUUAAGUCUCUGAACAUCUCUGUGACCCCCAACACCACUUUCUACGAAGACUUCUACUCUGCCAACAAGGGUUCCUGGGGUGCAGACACACUCGGUGUGACAUUCAUUCGUCAAGCCACUCGUCUUUUUCCUAAGAGUCUCUGGGAAACUCCGGCUAAAUUCAACGCAUUCUUUGGAGCAAUCAAGAACACUGUCAUGGGCGGUAGCACCGUCGGUGGCUACCACAUGGCACCAGGCAACCCGUUCAAGGUCGACAACGCCGUCAACACUGCAUGGCGCAACACUCAGAGCUUCCUGAUCACCGCUAACAUGGUCCCUGACAACGCUACUCCUGCUCAAUUGAAGAACGCCUCUGACCACCUCACCUUCGACAUGAUGGGCCCAUGGCGCGAGGUUGCUCCAAACUCGGAAGGUGCCGGUGUCUACCUCAACGAAGCCGAUCUCCAGGAACCCAACUGGCAGGCCGACUUCUACGGCACGGCGCACUACCCCCGUCUCCUCUCCCUCAAGCACAAAUGGGACCCCCGCGAUGUCUUCUACGCUAUCACUGCUGUUGGUAGCGAGAGCUGGGAGGUCCGAGAUGGUGACCAGGGUACCCAGACCCAAAACGGUCGUUUGUGCCGCGUGUAAAGACUUGACGAUUG